UUUGUGGUGUCCAGCUGGGUCACAGUCUGCCCACGGUGGGAUUAGGAACAUGGAUAAAAGUAGGAGGGCUUUGCCUAGGGAGUUAAAGGGAGGCUAGUUCAAAGGAUUUUAGCUUGAGGAAUGUCUCCCUUUCCAGAUGUCGUAGGGCCAUCUUACACUCUCCUAAUUAGCUGGCGUAUAGGCUUUGCUUCCCAACAAAGGGCAUAUUGUGUUGGUAACAAACAUGUACGCAGCAGCCUCUACAAAACAUCUCUCGUGUAAACCUUUCACUCCCAACGCGGGGCUGCAGACCCCUCUCCCACUACCCAGUAACCACCCAGGAUCACUUCUUUCCUCCCUCUUCAGAGGUGAUAAAUAUGUCAGCCUUAAACCUCCAGCAGGACAUCCACUGCCCUGAACACGGGAAGUGGAAGAGCCUCUCCUGGAAACCAUCCUCACCUAAGGCAGAGCGAGGUUAUAUCCAGUGAAACCGUUUCAUUAUUGCAUGAACGAGAGUGUCACACAGAACAAAAGCAGACACUCGCUUCUCUUGAUGAAACUGUUCUGACAGCAGCACCAGUCCUUGAAUGAGACUGGAGAGGAGUCAGUUCUCUACACCCAGCAUAACUAUCUGUUCUCUCUCCUUGUUUACUAUCAGAAAUGACUGCUAAAAGGGAGAUUCGCCUCAAGAUGAGCAAUAGCUUCUGGAGUUAUUAGGAUAUUUUUGUCUGCUUUGUAGGAGAAGUGUAUUUUGCUGUUGUCGUGGUCCUGGAGUUAAAUGGAAGGGGAGGAGUAGGGCAAAUCUGAGUAGCAAAACUCACAGGGUGCAACUUGGUCCUCAUGUCACAGACGUGACCAAACAGCCUUUUACAGGCAAGCUCAGAAAGACAAAAGCAUAAGGCUGUCAGCUGUGUGGAGGAAGUGGGAACAGCGUCACGGAGCUCCACUGUGGCCGGCGGCCGUGUCGGGGUGGCUGCUUCUUCCUCUUAUGCUCCUUGCUUAACCAUGUGCCUCAGAGACAGGCACAGCUCCGUGCAACUGGAGCUGGCAGAACAGGGUGAAGCCUGGAUUUUUUCUUAGGAGCUCAGGAGGAAUUCUCUCAAGAACAGGUCACCCAGGGGUCCUUCACUGUGUAUAGAAAGCAGUUGCCUCUGUUUGGGCAGUAAAGUGACCUUUCAUGUCCCUGACUUCAAGAAAGCGUGGGGGCUCUGUGCCCCUGCUACCCACAUGGUGUCCCCCAGCCCGCGGGCAUCCAGAGAGCAGCUGCCCUGUCGGCGUCACAGCCAGAGCGGAGAGGAAAAGACAGGGCAUGAAGGGAAAGAGCAGUCACAGUGCAAGACAGGUUGAGAAUUUCAUGUGAAUUUAUCUUGAAGAGGACCAUAGACUCUGAAGCUAAUGAGAGUAUCAUGUAUGUGAGGGUUUAAUCUCUUGGUUUGUUAACAGCCUUAGUUCCUUCUCUUUGUCUUUGUACCAGAACCAGAGAAGCUGAGGACAAGAUCUGCAGAGCAAAGAAAAAUAAAGUUACCCUCUGUGCUGGCACACCAAGAGACCUCCUCUACGAGCACCCGCACAGGCGCAUCCUCCCGGGACACCCGUCAGCUGAUGGCCGAUGGUGGGACCUGGUGCACUUUCACCCCCGUGCCCCUCUGACAGAGCACGCAGCCAUGUGCCCCUGCCAGCCCAGACACAAGCCGGAGAGAGAGGAGCCCUGCCACAAAAGCCAGGAGGAAAGCGGGUUUCGUUCCCAGCCAGGUGACUCAGAGGAGCUGAAGGACUGAGAACUUGGUUCCCAGCUCAGGGCAGCACAUAGGUGUGCGUGGCGUGGGCGUGCUCCCACCUGUGCCGCAGCUGGGCUCCUGUGCUGGCACGCUUACACACCCGCAGGAAAAAAUGCUCCCCGAGACAACGGCUCAAGGGAAAAAGGUCAAUUCCUUCUCACUGCUUGGGAAGAAACUGAGCUCUUCCAGGUGCGUGAACUUCCUAAGACAAGAAUGCUAUCUCCAGGUCUAAAGAAAGGGUGUAACUGAAUGCUUUGAAUCUGUUACUUAGAAUCAUUAAGGCUGGAAAAGACUGCUGGGAUCAUCAGGUGCACUUCAGCUACCAGAAAACACUGCUGUUGGCUUUCUGAUAAAAGAAUUAAAGUAUUGAUAAAACCACAACAAAAGUGACAAAGGGAUUCACAAAUUCUGCUCUCAUUAAGAUCAGAAAGGAAAUAGCUGAGCUCUGGGGACGUACACUUGCUCUUUGUUGGUCUGGUUUGAUAAGCAGUGACUGCAGUCUAUCAGGAACAGAGAUCAGCCUAAGGCAGAGCCCUUCCUCUGAAACCCAGUGAACACCACCAUCAGAAACCGCCCCCCCAGCAGGAGCAGACUCACCUCUCUGCUAUGGAACCCCGAGCCAAGGAGCUCCCCGAGAGCUGCUGCCGGGCAUUUCAGGAGCUGCUGGCAUCCCCCGCUAACCAUCCCCAGCUGUGGGCCGCUCACAGCUCUGCCCCCGGGGGCAAUCGCCUGCUCCUAGCUCUGAUUUGUCCUUGCAGACCCUUUCUCAGAAGUUCUGGACACAGUUGGGUCCUCCAUAGGUGUAAAACCCAAUAGGCCACCAUGGUUUCCGUACUGUGAAGGACACUGGGAACUCUCAACAAGGACAUAAGCUCUUGGGUGGGCUUCAUCUCUAGUAUUUGCCCCCUUCUUUCUUUCCAGUUCAACUCUACACAUACAUUUCUAUCCUGUGAAGGGGGGGUGUUCCCAGCAAACAGGCGGAGCGCCAUCCAAGUACAUUCAAAGGAGAGCAAAAAGCAGUUCACCACCGUGCUGAGCUUGGAAAAGGGCAGUGGGGCAUUAAAGGGUUUUAAAUGCAGCAGCCAACUGCAGCUUCCAGGAAUGCUUAGGACAACACGUUACAGGUGCAUCAUCUUCGAAACGCACUCUUUUAGGCCAAAGAUGUCUCUGACGUCGCUAUCACACUGAUGGGAGCAGCACAUCAUUUUCAAGUCAGUAAAAUAACUGCAUUAACCACUGUUUUUCUCCGCAUCCCACCGUUUUGGAGUGGAUUUUGUUUCACGAUUUGCAGCUAUUUGAGUUAAUGCUGCAAAAAAUAGUGACUCCUUCGUUCAGCCUCUUCACCAGGACCCCCCGGGAGGUGGGAGCGAGCGUUGUUCCCCACAGAGGGGCACAGACAGCAGGUUAACAGCUAACGGGGGGCUGUCAGUCACCAGCCUGGUGGGAAGGCAUCUUCUGCACAGCAACCACCUUUGAACAAAUCUGUGAGUGGCUGAGCUCAUUGCACACAAUAAACAGCUCGGGAGUGUUUAAACUUCUUGUUUGAAGUGCGAUAAGUUAAAAAUUUGUCUAAAUUUCGGGGGAAAGAAGAAUCUUCAAGGUCCUUCCAUUGCAAGAGGCUGCUCAGUGUCAUCCUGAGCAAAUAACAGCACGCCUCGUUACUGUUGGGACUAUCCCAAAAGGGCCAGUGGUCCGUGUGACAGUAAAAAGGGAUUGGUUAAUGAGAGACCGCUUGGGCGAGUAUAAAAGUAACUCUUUCCCCUGAAUUCUUCCUGCUUUUCACAGCUGAAUGCGGCUCACCCUGGGCCCCCGCUGGAAUCCAGCAGGAUGAGUGGCAGAGCAGUCGUUUACGUUGGUUUCUUGGUGAGCCUUGGUGCAGUCGGAGCCCUGCCGAGGAGCUACCAGCACCCGGAGGAAAAAAACAGCCUUGGCCAACACUUUUCCCAGCUGCAGGAGAGAAAUUUCAAAGCCAUUGCCAUGAUCAUGUUCGCGCAGUACGUGCAAGGAGGGACGGUCGGCAGAGCAGCCGAAAUGGCUGAGGCUGUCACAGCACUUGCCAAGCGCUGCGCUGCUGCAGCCGGAGCCACCCCCGAGUGCCUGAAGCCUCUGGACAAGAUUUUCCUCGACACAAUAUGCCAGGAGGAAAGUCUCCCCAGAUUUACUGACUGCUGUGCUAAAAAGGAUCCUGAAAGAAAUGACUGCUUCCUCACCCUUAAAAAUUCAUCCAGAGCAUUCGUUUCUCCUUUUGAAAGGCCGAACGCUGAAGCGGCCUGCAGAAACUACUCACAGCACCACCAACCAUUAACGGGAGACUUUAUCUAUGAGGUCUCCAGAAGUCACCCCUUCCUCUAUGCCCCAACAAUCCUUUCUGUCGCUCUCCGGUACGAAGAGAUGCUGAAGGACUGCUGUGGAAGUGUGGAAGAGCCCGCUCCGAACCUGGAGGAAUGCUUCCAGAGACAGGCACCAAAGGUGGUGAAGCCCAUGAAAGAGGACGGGCUGCGGCAGGAACACACCUGUGCGAUCCUGAAUAAGUUUGGAGAAAGAACACUAAAGGCUCUGAAACUCACUCAGAUAAGCCAAAAGUUCCCCAAAGCUGACUUUGUUACCGUUACCAAACUCGUGACGGAUAUUGCCAACAUGCACAAGGGCUGCUGCCGCGGGGACACACUGGACUGCAUGCACAAGAGGGAGGAGAUCCUACACUACGUCUGCAGCCACCAAGGCAUUCUGUCCAGGGAGAUGAAGAAGUGCUGUGAAAAACCCCUCUUACAGAGAAUCGAAUGCCUUGUUAGCACAGUAAAUGACGAUCAACCUGCAGAGCUGUCCCGUCACAUCAGGGAAUUUAUAGAAGACAAAGGAAUAUGUGAGCAUUUUGCCCAGGAAAAGGACACACACCUCGCCAGGUUCCUGUACGAAUACUCCCGGAGACACCCUGACUUUUCCGCUCAGAUGCUUUUACGUAUUGGGAAAGGAUACGAGGAGCUACUGACCGAGUGCUGCCAGCCCGGCGCUCCGGACGACUGCAGCAGCAGAGGGGAGGAAGACCUGAAGAAACACAUUUAUGAAACGGAGAGUGUCAUUAAGACAAGCUGUGACGCUUACAAGGAGAAAGGCGAUUACUAUUUCCAAAACGAGCUUCUCGUGAGCUUCACCAAGAAGAUGCCCCAGCUGAUGACAGCGGAGCUGAUCAAAUUCACCAAGCAAAUGACUGCCAUCGGCUCCAAGUGCUGCCGGUUAAGCCGGGACAAGCUGCUGCCUUGUGCCGAGGAGAAUUUAGAUCUGGUGCUCGGAGAAAUCUGCAGGAGGCACAUGGCUGACCCUAUAAACCCAGGAGUUUGCCACUGCUGCAGUGCUUCCUACGCUUUCCGAAGGCCCUGUGUGGGGAAACUGGAACUGGAUGAGAGUUACGUGCCCUUGCCCUUGACUCCCGGUCUCUUUGAUUUCCAUAAGGACUUGUGCACGCGUGAAGAGGAGCAGUUACAACACAAGAAGCAGGAGAUGCUUGUCAACCUCAUCAAGUACAAGCCCCGCAUCACCCAGGAGCAGCUGAGCUCCAUCACGGCCACCUUUGCUGCCAUGAGGGAACAGUGCUGCCAAGCAGGAGACCCCGAGGCGUGUUUUGCCAGAGAGGGUCCAGAACUUAUAAAGAGAAGUGAGAAGAUGCUGUCAGCAUGAAGAGCGGACACAGCCCCCGGGAAGACGUUGGCUGAGUGCUGUUCAGUCACACAAACUGAGCAGCGAGCGCCUCUUCUCUAAGUGUUCACCGGGUAUAAACAGAGACAUAUGAUUUAUCACAGUAGAGACAACUGACUUUCCUGACAACUCUAACACAGCCGUGGUUGUUUCCACCCGCCACGUCCUGCUGCUGCGGCCAAAGUAAAAGAAUAAACCAGCAAAUUCCCACAAAAUCCACUGAGCUGUGGCUCCACAAAUCCCAUCUGCUCUCAGAGCUCAGCUUACCUGGAAAUUAAACAUGUGAUCAAUGUUAUCAAUGUUCUUCACAUGGGGAGAAACCUGUAGCAAACUUCAUGCCUGGCUCUCAUUGCUUUGAUUCCAAACGAUCAAGGGUACGUGAACUAUAAACCAAACAAAUCACUUAGAGCCCAUUUAAGCCCAGAGAAAGGGCAUCACCUUAAAGGGAUCCACCGAGAGAAUCAGUAAAUGGGUGGAAAUUUAGGAUUUAGAUUGGCUACGGCCUCAUGGAACAUAACCUUCCUUAUGCCAAACAGUCACUGGCACAUAAAGAGAAAGGUGGUUUAAUCCUUAAGCUAUGGAACAUAAACACCAAUAAGAUCUAAUUAAGGAAAUCUGCCUGUAGCCACUUCAAAUUAUUUUUCUAUCACUAAAUCAUUAUUUUUGCACUUACACACACACACACACACGUCCUUGAAACUCGGCCCGUUCAGUCAUCAGUACAGUGCUUGAGGGCAGUUGUAAAGUUGCCUUUAAGCACAGAAAGAUUCCCUGGGGCAUCCUAAAAAAGGAAAAAGAGCACAACUUGGAGACAACUGACCAGUAGGCUGUGGCACAAGCAGCCAGCAGGGGAACGGUCAGGGAACGCACCAGGAGGGACCAGACUGACAGCCCCCCUGGGAUCACACCCCCACGGCUCUCAGGUUUUACUUUCUCUUUACAUUAAAAAAAAUCCCAAGGUACAGUAAAAAAAAUCCCAUCAAAGCCAGUACUGACAGAAAUGUUUUUCCUGGAAGCCUCUGGCUGGAAGGAAGAGACACUCAGCUAUGAGGUUCCCUGGUGGAUGGCAAUAGAAAUUAUUAAUAAAGAAACAGACCAAACAAACAUCUCAAAUGACAAACCCAGCUGAAAGCCGCACCAGCAGAGAGAAGGGUUCAGGUCAGACACUGACCAAAGCAGGACCUGCACAAACCACUCGGCAUCGUUCAUUAGAGGUGUAAGUAACGAGCAGGGAAACCACUCGUUAGGUUUGUGGCUGAGAAAGAUGGAGACACUGCUCCAAACCCCUCUGUAACAUUCAAAAUGUCAAAUUGUUAUAGGAAAUUAAAGAAAGAACAU